AUGGAUAGUAGUACACUUACCACUCAAAACGGUGGUAAUUUUGCCACUAAUACUACACCUACACCCACCUAUGCAAAUUUGUAUGCCCCAUUAAACUGGCCUCCAACACGACCAUAUAAUGGCGUAAAAGAUCACACUUUCUAUAUAGUCUUUACAUUCAUUUAUAUCUUUUUUAUUUCAAGUUUAAUUGGCUCUAGCUAUGUAAUAUAUCGAACAUACAUGAAAUGGAAGAGUAAUAAUUACGAAACACUUCCUAUGUCAUUAAGACUGCCAUUUUAUUGUGUUAUAACUGAUUUCUUGACAAUAAUUGCACAUCUAAUUAACACGGGUCACGCAGCUAUAUAUGCGGUUCCAUGGUUCAGUCCAGUGUGUGAGAUUAUUGGUGCAUUAUCAGUUUGGACUCUUAAUUUAAAUAUAUAUCUUUUCCUUGUAGCAACUAUUUCCACCUAUCUUCGAGCCGCGCUACCGUUAUUAUUAUUUAUCAACGGAGAAUUUGGGGGUGAAAGAUGGUGGUGUGCUGGGAAGAAUAAUGACAGCACACUUGGGAUAAUGGGAGUUAUUGCUACGACUAUGGUAGUAAUCACAGUGAGCUUUGCAUAUUUCCGUAUUCUAAAAUUGUUAGUACGUCAUCGCUCACAAUUACGCGAAAGACUGGAUAAUCAUACAUUCAGCGACUUUGAGCAUCGAAUCGCAAGAAAUGUCGCACGAUAUAUCCUGCUUUUUUUGUUACAAUGGUUGCCAAUUGGCGUGUUUACAGCAUUGCAUUUAAGUGGUAAUGAAGAAGCUUGGGUAUAUAUGCUCGUGAUUGAGUGA